AUGGACGCUCGAACGGCCAACACGACAAUCACCGAGGAAAGCGAUCAAAUCAAGAAGAUUAUCGACAAAUUGAUAAACAAGGCAAUUCAAGCUUCUGGAAGAAAAGUGACGGGAGCUUUCUCAACCUUAGUGGUCGUUGCCUCGUCGGUUUUGAAUCAAUGGCAGCAGGAACUGCAAGACAAGGUUGACGAAGAUUACGCACUCAACAUUUAUUGUCACACUGGCCCCAAAAAAACCCGGGAUAAUUUGGACGAUAAAGUUACGCCGGGCAGAUGUUGUGCUGACGACUUGCGACGUUUUAAGGAAAUCACAAGGGAAUUAGCGCAGCCAGGAACAUACCAGCUUCGAGUCCUUACUUACUUCGGUGGAUUAGAGAUGCAGGAUUUGCGCGUAAAUUUGGUUGUCAAUCCGACUGUGGGAAACAACAUGGCGCCGGCACCUAUGGCACCUGAUGACGGUCCUCAGGGCGGCGGUGGUGGAGGAGGCGUCUGCGAGGGUGAACUGCCCCACAUUGAAACGUCGUUUUUUUGCGCUACGCCAGGCCACUACGGCCAC